AUGGGCGACGUUGUGGCUGGCUGGCUGAGGUUUGUCUUGAUCGGCUUGGCGGAGAAGAUGGCGAUGGAAGAGAUGUCCGGGGUGGGAAAGUGUGAGACGAAGGAGAGCAUGGGCGCUACGGUUGACGACCUGAUAAGAGAUGCUACGGAGACGAGACAGGCAAUGAGGGAAACGACGGCGCCCAGGGUGCCAAGAAGCCUCUCCAGGGUAAGUCGGCCGGACGGCGGUAACGACAACACCCACAGGGCCUUUGACGGCUGUCCAGCUCGUGGCGUGCGCGGAGGGUGGAUGGCCGGUAUUUCAACUUACACGGCUGCUUGGAAUACUGCGUGGCAUGCCACAUAG